CCGGUGGUUUUUUUUAAAUGGAGGCGGUAGAGAGACGGGGGGAAGCUGGGGCGGCGGCAGUACUUGCUGUGGGAGGUGAAGGUAGCGAUUCGGUAACGAUGAGCUCGGCGCUUUGCAGGCCGUUACCAUCCUCGGGGCUCAGGUCUAUCUGCGACGUGUCGCACCCGCUGUCGGCGGAGGAGCUGUUAUCCCCCGGGCCCGAAUCCGAACCCGAACCCGAGCCGGCGGCUGGUGGAGGGGACCAGGAUCAAAUGUUACCCAAUGGGACACCAGUGGAGACAUCAAGUCCUGCAUCUUCCUCGUCCCUCCUUAAUAGGUUACAACUGGAUGAAGAGCUGGAUGGUGAAACCAAGGAUCUCUUUGUUACAGUCGAUGACCCAAAGAAGCAUGUGUCUGCAAUGGAGACGUACAUUACUUACAGAGUUAUCACAAAGACCACCAGAAAUGAGUUUGAUUUACCAGAGUACACAGUCCGACGUAGAUACCAAGAUUUUGAUUGGCUGAGGACUAAACUGGAAGAAUCUCAGCCGACUCAUCUUAUUCCGCCUCUUCCAGAAAAGUUUGUAGUGAAGGGAGUGGUGGAUCGCUUUUCGGAAGACUUUGUGGAAACUAGAAGGAAAGCCCUGGACAAGUUUCUGAAAAGAAUUGCAGAUCAUCCUGUUCUCUCCUUCAAUGACCACUUCAAUGUUUUUCUUACAGUAAAGGAUCUGAAUCCUUAUAAAAAGCAAGGCCUAGCUUUCAUCACAAAGAUGGGGGAGUCUGUAAAAUAUGUUACUGGAGGUUACAAGCUAAGAAAUCGGCCUGUCGAGUUUGCUGCUAUGGGGGAUUACUUGGACACAUUUUUGCAGAAGCUGGGGACAAUUGACCGAAUUGCACAGAGGAUAGUCAAAGAACAAGCAGAAUAUUUAGUGGAGCUUAGAGAAUAUGGACCCAUUUAUUCCUCCUGGUCUGCUAUAGAAGAAGAACUCAACAAGCCUCUCAUUGGGGUAUCGAACUGUGUUGGCAGCAACUGCAUAGCCCUGGAAGAUCUGUCUGAGGACAUGUCUGAUGACUUCCUUCCGGUCCUUCGAGAAUAUGUACUGUACAUUGAAUCAAUGAAGAAUGUGCUUCGGAAAAGAGAUCAAGUGCAAGCUGAAUAUGAGGCCAAACUUGAAACUGCUGCUUACAAGAAAGAUGACAAGCAGGGAAACUUCAUCUCUUUCCCUGUCAUUGGUACCAACACAAUCUUCUGCUGGUCGCUCUUCCUUUAUGGCAUAUUCUGCACCCUGUCUGAGCCAUCGUUGACUUUGGCAUCACGGAGACAACGUACCAUCCUGAUGUCUUACUGGGUGCAGAAACUUCUGUUUGUGCCCUAUUACAAUCCAUUCUUUGGAACCUGA